GUCUUGAGUUCUUCUUGAAUUGCCAGUGUUCGGCCUCCUCAUGCCUCCGUCUCCUUUAGACGACAGGGUACUAGUGGCACUGUCCAGGCCCGUCCGGCCUCAGGAUCUCAACCUUUGUUUAGACGCGAGCUACCUGGGCCCCGCCGCCCCGGGCGGUCACGGCCACCCUCCGGUCAUCGCCACCACCGUCGUGUCCCUCAAGGCUGCGAACCUGACGUAUAUGCCCUCAUCCAGCGGCUCUGCCCGCUCCCUGAAUUGUGGAUGCAGCAGUGCCAGCUGCUGCACUGUGGCCACCUACGACAAGGACACCCAGGCCCCGACCCCAGCCGUUGCCGCCGGCUCCGCCACCACUGCCAUCGGCUCCUCCGGCACCUGCCCCGCCACCCAGAUGGUCAACAACAAUGACAACGCAGGCUCUCUGAGUCCGUCCGGUGGGGUGGGCAGCCCUGCGGCCGGGACCCCCAAGCCGCUGGCCAGCAUCAAAAUCAUCUACCCCAACGACCUGGCCAAGAAGAUGACCCGCUGCGGCAAGAGUCACCUGGCCAGCCAGGGCCCCGUCAUCAUCGACUGCAGGCCCUUCAUGGAGUACAACAAGAGCCACAUCCAGGGAGCCGUCCACAUUAACUGCGCCGACAAGAUCAGCCGGCGGAGGCUCCAGCAGGGCAAAAUCACCGUCUUAGACUUGAUCUCCUGUCGGGAAGGCAAGGACUCUUUCAAGAGGAUCUUUUCCAAAGAAAUUAUCGUUUAUGACGAGAAUACCAAUGAGCCGAGCCGGGUGACGCCUUCCCAGCCACUGCACAUAGUCCUCGAGUCCCUGAGGAGGGAAGGCAAGGAGCCUCUGGUGUUGAAAGGUAACGGAUGCUCCCUCCCCCGGCACAUCCUGACUAGCCUGGGGUCACCCGGGGUUUUCCCUCACAGAGGUAGCGGCAUCCGCCCGACCCUGCCUCCCCGCAAAGACCGGAAUAGAAGUCCUUCUUGUCCGCCCUCCCCUGCCCUUUCUUAAUUAGUUUGGGGUGGUGAGAGGCAUCCAGUAGCCUUGAACUGGAAGCCGGAAGAUUUGGGCUCUGGUCUUGCGUCUUGCUUCCCCCACUAAUUUGCAUCGUGCAAGUCAUUUCACCUCUCAGACUUUCCCCCUCUUUCCCCAAAGGGGCUUUUAUAACG